AAAUCGCCAUGAUUCAUGACAAACGUCACUUUUUUUUAGAACGAAGUCCCAGCACUUGAUUGCAAAUAUUAAAUAAAAUUAAUUUAUUCUCAUUUUCAUGAAAUAUAUAUGAUAAAAUUGCAAAAACGUACAUCUAAGGUGUUCUCUACGUGCUACUUAAUAAAUCAACAUCGCGGUAGCAAAAAAAUAAGAUGGAGAGCAACAAGGACGAAGCAAUUCGUUGUAUAGAUAUUGCUCGAAAUGCCAUUGCAGAAGGAAAAUUGGAAAGAGCUGAAAAGUUUCUUCAAAAAGCAGAAAAGUUGUAUGAGACCAAAGAUGCAAAGGAAUUGCUAGAGAAAUUAAAGGGGUAUACAAAAGAAAAUACGAAUCCAUCUACGGAGGAAACAACCGGACCAUAUAUGCGUCGUGAGAAGAAAUCAUCGGGAAAUGCAGAAACACCUAAAUCAGCUGAAGUAGAGUACAACAGUGACCAAUUGGAGGCAGUGAAGCGGAUAAAGAAGUGCAAGGAUUAUUAUGAAGUUUUAGGCGUAUCGAAAGAUGCCACGGAUUCGGAAAUAAAGAAAGCCUACAAGAAGUUGGCACUGCAGUUGCAUCCAGAUAAGAAUAAGGCACCAGGUGCUGUGGAGGCAUUCAAGGCGGUUGGUAAUGCUGCGGCAAUAUUGACGGAUUCAGAAAAGAGAAAGUCAUAUGAUCUCUAUGGAGAGCAGAGUCAUGCGGGAAGAACUGAGCAUGCCGCCCACAACUACAGUGGCUUUCAGUUUGGUGGAUACUCACGUGGUUUCGAUUCGGAAUUCACUCCAGAAGAGAUCUUUUCAAUGUUUUUCGGUGGAAGCUUCCCACAGCAGAAUGUCUACAUGCGCCAGCGUCGGUACCAACGUGGUGGUGACAAUCAACAUGCUCAAAGAGAGCAACAAAAUAGCUAUGCAGCUCUUGUUAACCUACUACCGAUCCUUCUACUCAUCAUGCUAUCUAUGAUGUCAUCGUUCUUCAUAUCAGAUCCUAUCUACAGUCUACAACCAAAUCAAAAAUAUUCAGUAAUGAGGAGGACAGCAAAUUGGAAAGUGUCAUACUAUGUGAAGGAUAAUUUCCAUUCAGAGUACCAGGGAUCAGUUAGUCGCUUAGAAACUGCCGUUGAGGAAGAAUAUUAUCAAAAUUUAAAACACAAAUGCUUUAGGGAGCGCCAGUAUAGAGAAUCCAUGAUAAUGAAAGCACGUAACUUUGGAGAUGCGAAUUUGUACAGAAAAGCCCAAAAUACAGCUACACCUUCCUGUGAUGAUCUUCAAAAACUUCAGACUUUCUGAAUCUAAAAUAGAUGAUAUUCAAUUUUUAAACACACUGCUCCUAAAAAAACUCCAAGUGAAGCAUUAAACUUUGCAUGGUCGACAGGAAAGUUCAUCGAACAUGUAAAUAUGUCCACAUAUUUUUUCUUAAAUUUAUUAUUACUUCUUUAUUUUUUUCUUUUGUGAAUGGAUUUUAUUGUACAGAAUGGUUAGAAUUGCAGUACAUAUAUGUAUAUGGUUUUUUAGGCUCAUUUAUUAAGAAAUAAACUAGUCUCCCUAAUUAGGCGCCCUUUGCACUCAUCCUAAAUCUGAAUAUUGUUAUAUCAUCGAAACAACAAUACAUACUUCAAUAAUUUAGGUAAUACCUAAACUAAACUAUAUAUCAAUCUGAAGAAAGAAAAACCAAAUUAAAAGUUAUAUCAAUCGUCUGAUGAAUCAGAUAAUUAGGCUUGGAGAUUUUAAAACACUACCUACUCUGUGUUUCUUAUGAAAUGAUUUGACGUUAUUUAAUAAAAUGUUACAAAAUAUCCAUAA